AUGCCGGGGGAGACAGAACCACGGCAGUAUAGAUUCGUCGGCGCCUACAGCCGCAAGAGACGGCGCCGGAAUGCACCGCUCGGCGAAGGCGCUGAGGCUUCACACGCCCAGCUGCGAGCGUCGACCUCUGCGUCUGAUAUCGUAACCGCAUCUGCACCAAUUUCCAAGGGUGUCAUUGAGGAGCAAGGGGCUCGUAUUGCCACGCCCACCAACCCACCCCCUGCAACGACUUGCGUGCUUCAGAUCCCUCCGCCUCUUGCAGAGGCUGCUUUAAUCGUACAAGAAUAUGCCCAUUCUAUUGACAAUAUUCUAAUGCCUUCAAUCUUACCUCCUCCCGAGGAUGCGAGUCCGCCCGGCCCUGUGGAUUGGUCUUACUCAUCCUUCAUGAACUCUUCAUUUGACCCAUCCUUCUCUCCAGCAGCAGUAUUUGACACUCCACACGACCAUGCCCAGGCCCAGACGCACCUUGAUAUUGACAUACCACCAAGAAGAGAGACUCCUUUAUCCCCUGAUUCACCACAAGACGAUGUCGCCUAUCCAGAGACUCCUUCCCACGGCGAACCACCACCCCAACCCGUGGAAAGCCCUGGAAUCGCCCUAUCACUUCCCAAUCCUGAGCAGAUAGUGUGUAACAACCGCGUCACGGUUUCAGACCUCGUCGCCCGAUAUGACAAAGAGUUCUGCGUCAUGCCUCUAACUCAUGACUUUGAUGCCAACCCGUUCCGCUUCGACACGAAAUCCUACCGAAAUUCAAAACUCCUAUUCCAUUCUAUUCUAGCCCUCUCAUAUAAACACAUCAACCGCGAGACCGGCUCUUGCGCGGACGAGGCCAGAACCUACAAGACGAGGGCCUUGCAGAUGCUUCACGAUACUGAAAGUGCGUCAACAGGCACGGCUCUUGCAACAACCUUUCUCGAUGCUCUAUUGAUUAUGAUGACCCUGGACUGCGCAACAUCGGCCUAUGGGCCUUGGACUUGGUAUCUGAAACGCGCAUAUAAGAUGAUGCAAGCUACCAAGUCUUUGAAUAUCGAGGUCACGCCACGCAUGCGCGCGCGAAUGGACAUGCUAGUAUGGUGGGACGUCACACUUGCGUUGACAAGCCGACAGGGCUUCGUGUUGCCCGAAUCUGCCAUCGUCGCCCUCUUCAACCAGGACAAGAGCAAGAACGAGACAUUUUACGACGUGUCAGGCUGCCCUGAGGCUCUUUUCCGACACAUGAUCCGUCUUGGGUCGUACGCUAGAGAAUUCGAGCUUGUAUCUAGCAUGACGUGUGCAAAAUUCGAUAUUGAGCCAGUGCUUGAGGUAGAGAAACAAAUCACGGAGUGGAGGGACCCGGACUACGAGGAUCGCCCGGAACAGUACGAUUUCACGCUAUCUUCUGAACAGAUUUGCGACAUCGAGGCCAUGGCUCAAUACAAGGAAGAUCUUCAUCAUUGCGCCGAGGCCUGGCGGUACUGUCUUCUCAUCUACAUUGGCCGCGUCUUUCGGUGGCAGCGCGAUCAGCCGGCUCAACCGAUCCUCGGCUUUCUAGCCCGUAAAACCUUCAGACACGUCACCUGCUGCCGCUACACGUCGCAACUCCAGAAGCAGCUCCUCCUUCCUGUUUUCUUGGCAGGUUGCGAGACGAAUGAUGAGCAUCUGCGCGAAGCCGCGUUGUCGUACUGCAAAUGGUGGAGCGACAAGACGAAAUACGACAUGUUCCUCACAACCCACUCGCUGCUGCAAGAGUUCUGGUCUGAUGAUAACCAUGAGCCUUGGUGGGGAUCAUUUUUAGAUAAGAAGACGAGGUCGAGUGAUGGGAGUGCGGAUUCACGACAGUAUUUAUUUGGGUGA